CCCUAUCGUUCUUCGGCUUCUCAAAUCUCCGCCAUUGUCAGACCUUCGGUCAGUCAUCAUCUAGAGAGAGAGCGAGACUGGGAAGGAUCUGGGAGCGUGAAAGCCAGAGGUAGUAGUCUUAGCGAUGGAUAGAGAGUGGGGCUCAAAGCCUGGAAGCGGAGGCGCCGCCUCCGCCCAGAACGAGGCCAUCGACCGACGUGAGCGUCUCCGUCGUCUGGCGCUUGAGACCAUCGACCUUGCUAAGGACCCCUAUUUCAUGCGAAAUCAUCUCGGAAGCUAUGAAUGUAAGCUAUGUCUAACGCUGCAUAACAACGAAGGGAACUAUUUGGCACACACUCAGGGGAAGAGGCAUCAGACCAAUUUGGCAAAGAGAGCCGCCCGAGAGGCCAAGGACGCUCCGACCCAGCCACAGCCUCACAAGCGCAAAGUCAAUGUUCUUAAAACAGUUAAGAUUGGUAGACCUGGGUAUCGGGUUACGAAGCAGUAUGAUCCUGAGAUGAAGCAGAGAUCACUUCUGUUCCAGAUUGAAUAUCCGGAGAUAGUGGACAACAAAAAACCAAGACAUCGUGUUAUGUCAUCUUAUGAGCAGAAAAUUCAACCAUAUGAUAAGAGAUAUCAGUAUCUUUUGUUUGCGGCCGAACCAUAUGACACUAUAGCCUUCAAGGUUCCUAGCACUGAGAUAGAUAAAUCAACCCCCAAGUUCUUCUCGCAUUGGGACCCAGACUCAAAGAUGUUCACAUUGCAGGUUUAUUUCAAACCGAAGCCACCGGAGGCAAACAAGCCCCAGUCCACGGCUGCAGCCAAUGGGCUGCUGCCACCUCCACCACCGCCACCGCAGGCCCCACCACCUCCUCCGCCAACUGGUGCACCGAUGCCAAACCUUCCUCGUGCACCACCACCACCACCACCAAUGGCUAACGGCCCUAGAGCAAUGCAGCCGCCGCCUCCACCACCGUCGGGGGGUUUCGGGUAUUUCCCGGGCCAGGGUGCUCGCCCUCCCCCACCUCCUCCUCCUAGUAUGUGAAACUGGCAGUCAAUUUUUUUUGUCUAUGUUGGACUGAAACUAUCAGGGCAGGACAGUGUUGUCUGUUUCUUGCUCACAUGUUGGAUUUUCUAAGUCAGUUAUUGUCUGGAACUUUGUUAUCUUUAGAUUUUUUCCAUAACA